AUGGAUAAUGAUUAUUAUGACUUUCUUGAUCAUUCAUUCGAUUAUAAACCAAAGAAGAGAGGACAGAGGGGUUAGAAAAAUCUCAUUUUAAUUUAGCAUUGACAGAUCAAGAGAUCAUUGUUCGUGAAAGAAUGAAGCUUGUAAAAAACAGGGAAUCUGCAAAAAAUAGUAGAAAAAGAAAAAAGAUGUAUGUUGACCUAUUAGAAAACAAAGUACAUUUUAACAUUAACCUUCAGGUGGCAGGUCUAAAUCAGCAGUUAUAGGAAUAUAAAGAACUUCAAGAACAAAGCUAGGGACUAUUAAGAAAUACAUAAAUUCAAUUGUUAUUUGGAAAAACAUAGCAGAAACCUGAUUAAUUAAGUCAUUACCUUCAGGAAAUAUUUGUUCAAUCAAUCCCGAAGAUGGCUUUGCAUCUAAAAUAAGAAUAGCGCAAUCCAGAGCUGGAUAAUUGUUUUUAAAGUUUUUAUAAUUGCUUCAAUGAAAUGAACAAUGUCAAAGAUGAAAUGAUUUCAGAAAUGCAAAAACUUGAUAUCACAAUGAAAGCUGCAAAAGAAAUUCCAGAGUUCAAUAAGUUCUUUGAACAUGUCUCAAAAUUAGAUUUCUAAUAAUAAUUGGAUAGUUUGGAGGAGGUAAUCGAGAGUAUAAUAUGAAUUAGGAACUCGGAAAUGUCAUCAAAACAGAUGAUCUUUAAUUGUCGAUCAAAGAUACUUAUGAUUUAUACAACAAAUCAAUGUAAUUUAUUAAGAGACCAAAAUUGAAUUGA